ACAAAAGUGCAAGUCUAGUCAUCAAGAUGUGCAAAUUUCCGUGAAAAUCGACAGAAAAAAGUGAAAAUUUUCGGCUGCAGUCAUCGUCCCGGUGUUAAAUGGUGUAUUGUCCGUAGGAAACGAAGAUGAGUCGCAGCACCAAACAGAAAAGUGCCGCGAGCGCAAAAAACGAAUGCGUCCAGGUUGUCGUCCGUUGUCGACCGCUUAGCAACAAGGAACAGGCCGGAAACUUUCAGAAGGUUGUGGACGUCUUUCCGAGCCGAGGCGUUAUCGAGAUCCUCAACUGCAAUGAAACUUCACGGGAAAAUAAGAAAAUGUUCACGUACGAUGCGGUGUACGAUUGGGCGUCUACUCAACAGCAGCUGUACGAUGAGGUCGUCCGUCCGCUUGUUUACUCGGUGCUGGAGGGAUUCAAUGGGUGCGUUUUUGCUUACGGUCAAACCGGAACUGGAAAAACGCACACCAUGGAGGGCAUACGAAACGAUUCUGACCAGAAGGGUAUUAUUCCCCGGGCGUUCGAACAAAUUUGGGCUCAUAUUAAUCGAUCGCAGAAUAUGAAUUUUUUGGUUGCCGUCUCCUAUCUGGAGAUCUACAUGGAGGAACUGCGAGAUUUGCUAAAACCAAACUCAACGACGCCACUGGAAUUGCGCGAACGUGAGGGUGGAAUCGUGGUGCCUAAUUUACAUUCGGUGCUGUGCAAAAGCGUAGAAGAUAUGCUAAAUGUGAUGCAUAUGGGCAAUAAAAACCGAACCGUUGGGUUCACCAACAUGAACGAGCACAGCUCGCGGUCGCAUGCGAUUUUCUUGAUCAAGAUUGAGAUGUGUGAAGUUGGUUCAACUCUAGUCAAGGUUGGAAAGUUGAACUUGAUUGAUCUGGCUGGUAGUGAGCGUCAGUCCAAGACAGGGGCCACCGCCGAACGCUUGAAGGAGGCUAGCAAAAUUAAUCGCGCUCUAUCGUCACUGGGAAACGUUAUUUCUGCUCUGGCUGAGAAAUCUCCUCAUGUUCCGUAUCGUGAUUCAAAGCUGACACGUUUAUUGCAAGACUCUCUCGGGGGUAAUUCAAAAACUAUUAUGAUAGCCAACAUAGGCCCAUCUGAAUUUAAUUAUAAUGAGACUCUAACAACACUUCGGUAUGCCCAUCGGGCUAAAACGAUCGAGAACAAACCAGUUAUGAAUGAAGACCCGCAGGACACAAAACUACGCGAGUACCAGGAGGAAAUUGCCCGCCUCAGACAGCUUAUAACCGAACGGCAAAAGCGCGAAUCCGUUCCAAAGGUUAGGAAGAUUAAGCCAAAGCCGGUCAAACGGGAGGAAAGUCUCGAGGAGGAUGAAGAAAAAUCCGAUUCGGAAGCAGAGGAGGAAGAAGAUGAGAAAGAAAACGAGCAGGACUUCAGUGAGCUCGAUGCCAAAGCGCAGGAAGCUCUUAUGAGGGAAAGAGAAGCAACUGCAACUUUAGCAGCAAAAUUAAGCGAACUGGAAAACCAACUAGUCAAGGGAGGUAAAAACAUUCUCGACACUUACACCGAACGCCAGCUUGAGUUGGAGAAAAAAAUGGCUGAGAUUGCCGAGCGUAAAAAGCGCGAAAUAGAAAUGCAGCAACAGCUGGAACUGCAGGAAGAAUCCACUAUGGAAAUACGGGAAACAUUCACUUCGCUGCAGCAGGAGGUUGAACUGAAGACGAGAAAGCUGAAGAAGUGCUACGCAAAGUGUAUGGCAUUGAAGCAGGAACUGCAGGACACACGCGACGAGCACAACCGCGACCGGCGAGAGCUAGAAAUGACCCAGAACGAACUGAUCAAAGAGUUGAAACGCUUGCUGUUGAUUAUCGAUAAUUUUGUCCCGGCAGAGGUCAAAUCUCGGCUGUACACGCAGGCAAAGUACGACGACGAAGCGGAAGAGUGGUAUCUGAACAGCAGUAUGAUUCUGAGCAGCAACCUGGUGAUGACACGACCCGUCGCCGAUCCCAACCGGAGGCGACCAAUGUCGGAACAUGCGCUGCACAUGAUCAAAGCUAACGCACCCAGUGCGGUGCGCUAUAAGGGCGAAAACAUCGUCAACUACGAGCUGGACAUGCCACUCCGUACAACCUACGAGUACUCGAACCCGAAGGUGUCCGCCUCGCUGCAAGCGGUCCUGGCGGAAGCAAUGCAAACCGAGGACGACAUCGACAUCACCGAUCAGUCCAACUACGCUAGCAUGAUGAAACAGCGGCUCGAUCGGAUCACCCGUCGCAACGUGGUUCAGGAUGCACAAAACGGUGCCAGUUCCUCCGGCGUUGGAACCGCCUCUUCUAAUGGAUCGCUUACCAACGGGAUUCCUCCGGCUAGCAGUAGCAGCGGUACUGGUGGAACGUCAGGUGGCACCGGUCGCGCUCGUUCGUCAAUUUACAACCGCGGAAUGUCGGCUGCGCCCACCUUCGGUGCACAUUCGGGGGCUUCCGCGGCCAAAAAGGCCCCUCCGGCCAGUGCGGCUACCUUUCCGAAGGCGCGUGGAUUGAUUCCCAAAUAGAUCCUGCGCCAAGGUGAAACUGAAGUACUCAUUUAGCAUCCUCUCAUCUCAUCCGCAUCGAUUUACCACUUUAUGGAUCAGCGUUUGGCUUACCGUUUCGGUUUUCGAUUUUUGCUUUUAAACAAGGAUUGGUUUGUAAUCACGAGCUUGAAUGUAGGAAAAGUUUCACACGCGCGCGCAUAUUGGCAUUUAAAAAGGCACACGGAGGCAAGCAAAAUUACGGUUACGGUCCCGCCGGUAAUUCCUCCUGAGACGAGGCCCCGGCGAGCCGACGGCACCGAACACACUUUAGGAUGAGAAAAAUUAUUUGUUUCAAAAGCUAGAGCUUAGAUUGCUAUAAUCUAGAUGGUGUCUAUAUCGUAACUUGAUUUUCGUUGAUUAACGAAAUUUUCGUUUCUAGUUGUCGACAGAUUUCAACUGUGUAGCUGUAAAUAGGUUAUAUAUAUAUUUUUGUUAUUCGUUCUUAUCAGAUUUCGGUUUCAUUAGGUGAGUUCAUUUUGUUAAACAUAUUAUAUUUAGGCACAAAGACCACCAGUUUUAAUAGAACGUUUAGUUGUAAAACCGCUACAGAUUGUGUUCCUUCGGUAUUAUUAUUUUCUGCUUUGUCUUCGUCCAUUAUUCAUGUUAUAUUUUGACUGAUAUUUUAUAAAACAGUAGUCAUUUUGUUUCCUAUGUUUGAAGGUGUACAUUUUUUUACCAAAGCAUCUCAGUCACACAUUUGUAUAAGCUCAGAUUUUUCGUAUUCUAUGCUUCAAAUAUCGCGUAUUAAUGAGCUCACUGCGGGAGACUUUAUACUCACUGAAAUAUAAAAUAUUGGUUCUAGUGAAUGAAUAUAUUAGGCAUUUAUUUGAUUUGGUAAUAAGUUAGAGCAAAAUUUCACAAUUGAAACGGUUGUUACAUGGGGUUAAACCGUCAAGAUAUUAUUUCCGCAAACCAGUUGUAAAUGCUCAGCCUUUAUUGUCUAUUCUGAAGAAAAAAAAUAUUGGAAUAAAACUCAAUUGAUUGGCUAAUAGAUAACGGUCAAUGAAAAGUUGAAAAAAAAGUUUAAAACAAAACAAGAUAGGAGAAGCACGACAGUGAAUGUAAAUGAAUAUCCGUAAAAUACUGAAGUUGCAGUUUUUACAUUUACGUCCAACCUUUUCACAGCAUUUCCCGUUCAUAAAACAUAAUUUUGAUCCACAUUGCCUCUAUCAGUUGCAUUGUGUUCAACAGUUCUAUCAAUUGUGAUUUUCACGCCGUUUAGAAAAAAAAAUAAACACGGACAAAGAAAAAUUAAUGUGAACCAGAGCAUAAAUUAAAUAAAAUACUAUA